AUGAAGAGAGGUACUCUUUCUGCCUUCAGAAAUUCCAUUCAGCUCUUUUCACUUUCAUCUUUCCGAGAUACUCGUGGACUCCGAUUCUCAACGAGAACUGAGUCUAGACCUUUCCCUGAUUAUUCUCCAAAGAAAGCUUCAGUCAGAGACACUGAAUUGGUUCACCAAAUCACCAACGUGAUUAAGCUGCGUCGCGCUGAGCCUCUGAGGCGGAGUCUAAAGCCUUACGAAUGCAAAUUCAGAACCGAUCACUUGAUUUGGGUUCUGAUGAAGAUCAAGUGUGAUUACAGGUUGGUUCUCGAUUUCUUCGACUGGGCUCGCUCCCGCCGAGACUCGAACCUCGAAUCCCUUUGCAUCGUCACUCAUUUGGCUGUGGCAUCGAAGGAUCUAGAAUCGGCGCAUUCUCUUGUAAGCAGCUUUUGGGAGAGGCCAAAGCUGAAUGUUACUGAUUCCUUUGUACAGUUUUUUGAUCUUUUAGUCUACACAUACAAGGACUGGGGCUCUGAUCCUCGUGUAUUCGAUGUCUUCUUCCAAGUGCUCGUUGAAUUUGGAAUGCUCAGUGAAGCGAGGAAAGUCUUUGAGAAGAUGUUGAACUACGGAUUGGUUCUCUCUGUUGAAUCCUGCAAUUUCUACCUUGACCGUCUCUCCAAAGACUGCAAUCAAUCUGCAAACGCUGUUGUAGUGUUCAGGGAGUUUCCGCAAGCUGGUGUUUGCUGGAAUGUUGCUUCUUAUAACAUCGUGAUUCAUUGUGUUUGUCAGCUUGGGAGAAUCAUCGAAGCUCACCAUCUUCUCCUGGUUAUGGAGUUGAAAGGUUACACUCCUGAUGUAAUAAGUUAUAGUACAGUGAUAAACGGAUACUGUAGAUUUGGGGAAGUUGAAAAAGUUUGGAAGCUCAUUGAGGAAAUGAAACAGAAGGGGCUGAAGCCAAAUUCUUAUACUUAUGGUAGCAUAAUCCGUUUGCUAUGCAGGAGUUGUAAGCUGAGAGAAGCAGAGGAGGCUUUUCGAGAGAUGAUAAGGCAGGGGAUAGUUGCGGAUACUGUAGUAUACACAACUCUGAUUGAUGGUUACUGCAAGCAAGGGAAUGUUAGGGCUGCGUCGAAGUUUUUCUAUGAGAUGCAGUCUCUGGGUGUUAUACAGGAUGUUUUGACAUAUACAGCUAUUAUAUCAGGGUUUUGUCAGAUUGGGGACAUGGUUGAGGCUAGGAAACUAUACGAUGAAAUGGUUUCCAGGGGUUUAGAGCCUGAUAGCUUUACUUUUACUGAGCUUAUAAAUGGAUAUUGCAAGGCAGGGCAGAUGAAAGAUGGGUUUAGUGUCCACAAUCACAUGAUUCAGGCUGGUUGCUCUCCAAAUGUUGUCACCUACACUGCAUUGAUAGAUGGGCUUUGCAAGGAAGGGGACUUGGACUCAGCGAAUGAUCUUAUCCAUGAGAUGUGGAAAUUAGGUCUUCAGCCAAAUACUUUUACUUAUAAUUCUGUUGUCAAUGGUCUAUGUAAGUCAGGGAAUAUCGAGGAGGGGGUUAAACUUGUUGGGGAAUUUGAAGCUGCAGGGGUGAAUGCAGACACUGUCACUUACACGACGUUGAUGGAUGCAUACUGUAAAGCAGGGGAGAUGGCUAAGGCUCAAGAGGUUUUGAAGGAGAUGCUCGGGAGAGGGCUUCAACCUACAGUUGUCACAUUCAACGUGCUAAUGAAUGGGUUUUGUUUGAAUGGGAUGUUGGAAGAUGGUGAGAAGCUUCUUAACUGGAUGUUGGCGAAAGGUAUAGCGCCUAAUGCAACCACUUAUAAUUCUCUUGUGAAGCAGUAUUGCAUUAGGAAUGACCUCAAGGCAGCAACUGCAAUGUUUAAGGACAUGUGUUCUCGGGAAGUAGGACCUGAUGGUAAGACGUAUGAGAAUUUGGUCAAAGGCCAUUGCAAGGGUAGGAACAUGAAGGAGGCAUGGUUUUUGUUCCGGGAAAUGAAGGAGAGAGGGUUUAGUGUCUCAGGCAGCACUUAUAGCGCUCUCGUUAAAGGGUUCAUUAAGAGGAAGAAGUUCGUGGAGGCGAGAGAAGUUUUUGAUCAGAUGAGAAGAGAAGGAUUAGCUGCUGAUAAAGAAAUUUUUGACUUUUUCACUGAUACGAAAUACAAGGACAGGAAGCCAGAUACUAUUGUAGAUCCUGUGGAUGAAAUAAUAGAGAAUUAUCUUGUGGAUGAGGAACUAAGGGAAGCCAAUUAG